AUGGCUUCCUUGGCUCUCGCAUCUGCAAAUUCGCCGUUGCGCGCGGCUGGGAUCCGCUCCGGUGAACCUCGUUGGGAUGCCGUCUCCUCAUCCUCAUCCCCUCCACCCUGGGCCCACAAAGUCUCCUGGGAACACGCCGACAUCCUCCAGCCCUCCACCUACACGCCGCUCCUCAAAGAUGCCGACUAUGUCGUACACUCCCUUGGGAUCCUCCUCGAAGCCGACUACAAGGGCAUCGUCCGCGGCACCCAAUCGCCCCUCUCCGCCAUCAAAACUUCCUUCGCAUCCUCGGUCGACCGCGGCGUCAACCCCCUCGAGCGGAAGGAGGGUGAGGACAUCAAGCCGCCCAACCCCAAAGACCAGAUGUCCUACGAGAUAAUGAACCGCGAUAGUGCCAUUACGCUGGCGAGGCAUGCCGAAUCGAGCAAUGUCGGUACUUUCUGCUACGUCUCCGCCAUGGCGGGGCCGCCGGGCGUGCCGUCGAGGUAUCUUUCGACGAAGCGCGAGGCUGAGAGGGCUAUUGCGGAGCAUUUUCCUAGGAUGAGGAAUGUUUUUGUGAGGCCGCCUUUUAUGUAUGAUAGCUCGAGGGGUAUUACUGUGGGUAUCGCCGCUGCUACCGGUGUUGGGACGCUGUUGAAUGGGAUUACGAGGGGUGUGUUUGGGGGCUUGAUGGGGGCUGGUGGGAUUAAGCCGCUCAAGGUUGAGACCGUUGCUGAGGGCCUCGUGGAGGCGCUCGCUGAUGAGAGCGUCAGUGGGCCGGUGGAAACAGAGCAGAUUGAAGAACUCGCGUCAAGAGGCUGGAGAAAGAGCAUGUUGUAA